AUUGUCCGCAGAGCAGGGUGUGUACCGCGGGGAGGCUGUGUGGGCUGGGCCGGAGUGGUUGGGUGUUUUUUCCCCCCCAGCAGCAUCCUUUAACAUCACAUCGCCUCCUUUCUGAGAGAUGCUCGGGGCGGAGGAGACGCUGCGCUCGUAGGGAUGAUGAAAGCGGCGCACAUGAGGUGUGUCUGCCUUUUCUGACGGCUUCUUCGCCAUAUGAAACAGACGCUGCUGCACCUGUACGGAGAAGGAAAAAUUGCUGACUCCGCCCGAAAUGGCUUUUUUUAACGUGGUGCUUUUAGGAUUUGACCAAAAUGUCUAAAACCAAACAUUGCGAGGCGGUCAGGGUGGUGGUCCGCUGCCGGCCAUUCAGCAGGAGAGAGGAGAUAGCGGAGAGUGAAAACAUUUUGGAGAUUGACGACAAACUGGGGCAGAUCACCAUCAGGAACCCAAAGGCACCACCUGAUGAUCCAAUGAAGGUGUUCACGUUUGACUCCGUGUAUGGCUGGGAUUCAAAACAAAACGACAUUUAUGACGAUGCGGUGAGACCUCUGGUGGAGUCCGUGCUCCAAGGCUUCAACGGGACCAUAUUUGCCUAUGGCCAAACAGGGACAGGUAAAACACACACCAUGCAAGGUGUUCCAAACGACCCAGACAUGAGAGGGGUUAUACCAAAUUCAUUUCAGCACAUUUUUACACAAAUAUCCAGAACUCAGAAUCAGAAAUACCUGGUGAGGUCAUCAUACCUUGAGAUCUACCAGGAGGAAAUCAGAGAUCUGCUGUGCAAAGACAACAACAAGAAACUGGAGCUCAAAGAGAAUCCUGACUUUGGUGUUUAUGUGAAAGGCCUGUCUUCGGUGGUCACAAAGAACGCCACUGAGAUUGAACAUGUGAUGAACAUAGGUAACCAGUCCAGGUCUGUGGGGUUCACCAACAUGAAUGAACGCAGCUCUCGGUCUCAUGCAAUUUUCGUCAUAACCGUGGAGUGCAGUGAAGUGGGGCCAGAUGGUGAGGACCACAUCCGCGUUGGGAAGCUGAACAUGGUUGACCUGGCUGGCAGCGAGCGCCAGAGCAAGACAGGUGCUAAAGGGAAGCGACUGAAGGAAGCAGCCAAAAUCAACUUGUCCCUCUCGGCGCUGGGGAAUGUCAUUUCAGCUCUGGUGGAUGGGAAGAGCACCCACAUCCCGUAUAGGGACUCCAAACUGACCCGCUUGCUCCAGGACUCGCUGGGUGGCAAUGCAAAGACAGUCAUGAUAGCAACAGUGGGGCCAUCACACAAGAACUUUGACGAAUCCCUGGCCACGCUGAGAUACGCCAGCAGGGCCAAGAACAUAAAGAACAAACCUCGGAUUAAUGAGGACCCCAAAGAUGCCCUGCUGAGGGAGUUUCAGGAGGAGAUUGCACGCCUGAAAGCACAGCUAGAAGAGCGAGGGAUGCUUGCAAAGGAAAGGAGGAAGAGAAGGAAUAGCAAAAGACUGAGUAAAAGCAUGGCCGGCACAGAAGAGGACAUUUUCAGAGACAGGGAUGCGGAUGAGUGGAAGGCCCUUGAGGAGGAACAAGAGGUUAAACGUCACAUGAAAGAGGGAAGUGACGUCCCAAAAAUUCUGACCUGCAAGGGAGGCGAGAAGUUGAAGCACCUGAAUGAAAACAGAAAGAGCUUGAUAGAGGACAUGCAGUGGGACCAGGAUGCGUUGGAGAAGAUCAUUGAGAAAUAUAAGGCUAUGGAGAGCAAACUGUUAGUCGGAGGAAAGACUAUAAUCGACCAUACCAAUGAACAGCAAAAAAUGCUGGAACUGAAGAGACAAGAAAUUGCAGAGCAGAUAAGACGGGAGAGAGAGAUCCAGCAGCAGAUGAUGUUGCAGGACGAGGAGACUUUAGAAAUGAGGGAGACGUACUCCUCUCUGCAGCAGGAAGUGGAACUCAAGACAAAGAAGCUGAAAAGGUUGUAUACCAAACUACAGAUGGUGAAGGCGGAGAUGAGGGAUGUCAUUGCUGAACAUGUCAUAACCAGACAGGAGCUUGAACAGACACAGACUGAACUCACCAGAGAACUCAAGUACAAAUAUCUCUUGAUUGAGAAUUUCAUACCUCCAGAGGAAAAGAAUAAGAUCAUGAACAGGCUGUACUUUGACAGUGAGGAGGAUCAGUGGAGACUCCAGCCGGUCCUUCCAGAGAGUGCACCCACUCAGGUCAGGAGGAGGCCUCUCUCUGCCGUGGGAUACAAGAGGCCAAUCAGCCAAUAUGCACAGAUGGCGGUUGCCACGGCAACUGGGCCCCCAUGUAGAUACCAGGCUGAGAAUGUAAUGCUGUUGGAGUUAGACAUGUCUCCACCGACCAUGUUCACCUUGAACCUUAACGGUGCUCACCUGGAGAGAGCCUUUUCUCCCUGGCUGAUGCAGGACCUUCUGGUAAACGUUCCCGUAAGAGAGAAGACCAGUGCAUCAUCAUCACGGGUCAGGAAGUCCCAGUCCUGGUAUCAAGCACCGCAAGCAGCAUCCGUCACAUCAUCAUCAUCAUCCACCACUCUGACUCCAGAAUCUCAGAGUUUCUCUCCGUCUCCGAGACAAAGACCAUCCUCUGCUGCCUAUAUUUCCCUGGGCGGUCCAGUUCAGACCAGCCCCUGAUAUGUGUCAACACAGAUGUACACAGGGGAAAUCUCAUGCCUUGAUUUAAAACUGAUAUUAGUUUUUGUUUUUGUUUUGCCUGUUCAGCUUAGCCUGAAAGACAUGUAGUUUAUGUAAAUCUCAGUGAAUAGCACAGCCAAAAUGUAAUCUUCUAAAACCAGGUAUUUUCAUUAAAUUACAAUUAUUACAGUUUACUUUUUUUUUUUUUUUUAUUCAUAUUUUCCUUCUUAAAGCCUGUAAAAUGUAUCUGGUAUGGCCAAAAAAAAAGGAGGGUGAUGGGGAAACUGAGGGCCCCAGCUGCUGCGGGCCUCCCUGGUUUCACCCAUAUGCUUGAUUGAAUUGUUGCUUCAGUUUCUAGCUAACGUAAUUGUGAGCCCAAAAUGUGAAGAAAGCGUGCAAUGCUCUCUUGAUUAGCUGCCUUAUCUCGUCAUAGUUGUGAAAUCGUGCGAAGUCCAUUUGCUUACACAUGAAAAUAAACUGACUG